AUGCCUCAACUGGAUAAAUUCACUUAUUUCACACAAUUCUUCUGGUCAUGCCUUUUCCUCUUUACUUUCUAUAUUCCCAUAUGCAAUGAUGGAGAUGGAGUACUGGGGAUCAGCAGAAUUCUCAAACUACGGAACCAACUGGUUUCAAACCGGGGGAACAAAAUCCGGAGCAACGACCCCAACAGUUUGGAAGAUAUCUUUAGAAAAGGUUUUAGCACCGGUGUAUCCUAUAUGUACUCUAGUUUAUUCGAAGUAUCCCAAUGGUGUAACGCCGUCGACUUAUUGGGAAAUAGGAGUAAAAUAACUUUUCUCUCUUGUUUCGGAGAAAUAAGUGGCUCACGAGGAAUGGAAAGAAACAUAUUAUAUUUGAUCUCGAAGUCCUCAUAUGGCGCUUCUUCUUCAAAUCCUGGAUGGGUGAUCACUUGUAGGAAUGACAUAAUGCUAAUCCAUGUUCCACACGGCCAAGGAAGAAUAAAAAAAUAA